AUAAUUUGUGGAAAUGGCAAAAGAGCGUAUCUGUAAAGAAGCAAAAAUAAAUAGGGAGUUGAAAGGGACCACCGCCCCCCCUCUACGCACCUUAGGCCAAGCAACAAGUAUCAGAAACACCCAUUUCUCUCGUGCCCCUCUCUCCACCUUUAUACUAUAAGACCUUCCACGACCCAUUUCCCAAUCGAUUCACCAAACACUUCCCUCGCCCCAACGCCCCCCAACGCCUAACACAAUGUCAGCAACACAACCAUCACAAAUCACCCAACCAUCCUCCUCUGACACCAACGCCCAAUCCAACCCCAACAACAAGCGCGUUCGUGAUUCCAGCAAGCACCCACUCUACCGCGGCGUAAGAAUGCGCGCUUGGGGCAAAUGGGUGUCCGAAAUCCGCGAGCCUCGCAAGAAAUCCCGCAUUUGGUUAGGAACCUUCCCCACACCAGAGAUGGCCGCUAGAGCCCACGACGUUGCUGCCUUGUCCAUCAAAGGUAAUUCCGCUAUUCUCAACUUCCCUGAACUCGCUCACUCCCUUCCCCGCCCUGUCUCCUUCGCCCCUCGCGAUGUUCAAGCCGCCGCUGCCAAGGCCGCCCACAUGGACCCUUUUCAAUACUCCACCGACGACUCCGACGAGCUCAGCGAAAUCGUCAAGCUGCCUAGUCUCACCACCAAUUACCUUAAUAACGAGUUCGUCCUCAUGGACUCCACCGAUGGCUGGGUUUACCCGCCCCCAUGGUUACGAACCAUGGACGAUUGCAGCUACAACCACAACGACGACGAGAUGGGAAUUGGGGACAGCAAUUUCUUAUGGGAUUAUUAAUUAAAAUCUAACUUUUUUUAAUUUUUUUUUUGUAAGACCCUGUAAAUGUUCUUGGUUUCGGUUUGAUGUUAUCGUAAUUAGAUUGAUCGAUAUUAAAGUUUUCCUUUCGGGUUAAUUAAGAAGCCCUUUUUUUGUUCUUUUUUUCCUUUUUUCCCUGUUUGUUGACCAAUUUGGGAGUGUGAUAUUUGGGUUUGGUUGGAGUGUUGUUGAAAUAUCUCGUGUAAAUCUCUCUCUUUUCUUUCAUUAAUGCACUUAACUGCCAUGUGGUCC